UUUUGUUUAGGAUACAACCAUGAAGAUCAACACCAAGCUCAUUUCUCUUAAAGCUUUCUUCUUUUGUAAUUAUGCAGCGGCUGGUGCUCUGCUUCCGUUUCUUACAGUUCAUCUGAAGAAACUUGGUAUUAACUCUACUGAAGCUGGUAUAAUCUCAGGUUUAACACAAUUACUCUCUAUAUUUAUACGACCAGCAUCAGGAGCAUUUGCUGAUAAACAAAAUAAACAUAAAACCAUAUUACUGCUCAUGCUUGUUUUAUAUGGAACCUCUUAUUUCACUCUUAUGCUGGUUCCACAUCGUCACGAUUUUACCACAAAUCAAUCAAUUUUCACCUUUCGUAAUCUUUCCCAAAAUGUGACCGUUUUCUUGCCUAGUGCGAAUGCUUCGUUUUCAUGUGAUGCUAUCGAUGACCAAUCCUACACAAAUCAAAUAAAAAACAUGUGCGGCCAAGUUAUCCGAAUAGAACCAGAUUCAGGUGCCAACUGUAGCCUACCUGCUUGUAGUGAACUGUGUUGCCAGUCGGAUGAACCAUCAGAGAUUAGUGAUUUUGAGUUCAACCCAUUUCAAAAUGGUACCCUUAACUGCACUGUGCCUUAUGAUAAAUCUGAAGUGGAAGAAUGGAGAUUUGACACAACGUUUAUAUUAUCCUUCUUAUUAGUGUUGAUAGCACGGAUUACUUAUUCCUGCUUACAGAGUCUUCUCGAUACCAUAACCUAUUUCAUGCUGGGGACUAAUCGUCUACUCUACAGUCGUCAGAGGUUAUGGGGAACCGCUGGUACGGCUAUUUCAGCUUCUUGUGUGAUUUUCGUUAUUGAUACGUAUUAUGAUGGCGUCUUUUACUUGUUUGGUGGAUUUUGUUUAUUAGCAUUCUUCGUUGGAUUAACGUUGGAUGUUCAGGCCGAGAAAAGGGAGAAUGUAAAAUUGGUAGAUAUUUUAAAACAACAAAUAGUUCUUCCUCAUAUCCGCUGGUUUUUGAUUAAGAUUCUUUUUUAUGGAAUGUUUUUGGGAGCAACAAUCAAUUUUUUGUUCUGGUUUUUCAAAGACAUAGGCGUCAGUGGUUCAUUUUUGGGAAUCAUUACUCUAGUUCACUGUGUAUCGUCAUUAGUUGUGUUACAGAUAGCACCAAAGCUGCUGAAAACCUUUGGGCAGGAUAUGUGUAUGCACGCUGCCAUAUGUGUCUAUAGUAUUCGUUUCGUUGGACAUUCGUUUAUCCCCAAUCAGUGGAUGAUAAUUCCUCUAGAACUUUUACGUGGAAUAUCGUAUGCUCUAUUUUGGGCAGCGGCCUCAUCUAAAGUCAGUCUUCUAGCACCACCAGGUAGUCAAGGGACGUUUCAAGGAUUAGCUGGUGCUGUCUACAAUGAUCUUGGUCGUGGAUUAGGAUCUAUCAUGACAGGAUUUUUAUUUCAACAAUUUAGUGCAAGAUGGACAUUCAGAGCGUAUGCUGUAUUAUGUGUUAUUCUACUAGUAAUAUCAUGUUUCUUUGAUCGCCGCUGGAAAACGCCAAUCAAAUCGCAAAAAGAUACCCAAAUCAAGAUGAAUCAAGAUACAAGUGAACAUUUACUCACAGAAAAGUCUGUAGAUGUUUGAUGUAUAGCCUUAACAGUGAAUCCAACAUACACUUGUCUGCGAUAUCACCUAGGUGGAAGCGGACGUUAAAUAAAGCUAUUUCACACACACUCCAACACGCACAUUUAACCGACAGAAGUAGGGGAAUUAAUGAUGUCGGGACUGGAUUAGAAAAUUAUUGUGAAGAUAUAUACAUAGUUUUAAUAUCAACCAAUUAAAUAUCCACAGAUGGCAUUGAUGUUUGAAUUUAUAUAUGGGAGACUGAUAUAAAGAUAGUUUAUUUAAUGUUUUAUGAAAAUCAGUCAAUCUGAAGCACUGUUAUCAAAUGUUGAUCUUAGUCCGUUAGUAACUAUGAUAACGGAGAGAGAGAAAUGGGAUUUAAUGACCACUCGACACAAACUAGAUCAUUUUGGGACUAAUAUGGUUCAAUUUUAUUUCAAUAAUUUGCUUGCUCGUAGGGGUCUUUAGCAGUGGGAGGACCUGGAGAAAACCAACGAGGUUGGACAGGUGACCCUACUCCUUGUCACAUACAACCGGGGAAUCGAAACCACGCCAGUUGACUCAAUGACUCCUUAUGAUGCAACGCGCAUGCGCUAACCAUUCGGCCAUACAACUCCCGCUAUGAUAAUGAAAGAUACAUUUGAACAAUUCAGUUUUGAUCAAAAUCAGUUUAUUAGAAGGAAAUUUAUUGUGUUUCCCACAAUUAACCAAUCAAAUUGCAAUAGGCCAGAUGAGGAUGCUUUUCAAGCUUUGGUAAAUGUCUGUAAAAUGCUCUUAUACCCCCACUAUUAAUUUGUAAAAAAUGCAAAAACAAUGGCUAUUUUUCUUUUCAUUUUAUUAGCAACAUUAUAAAAGUUAACAAAAUAAUUAUGCAUACUUGGAACAUCCUAAAACAAGUCAUCAGAACAGUGACAAAUGACAAUCAAAACCGAAAAAAACAAAACAAAAACAAAAAAUUCUUGUAACAGAUCAUGGAGGUUUAACUACAAUCUUUGAAGUUGUACCUUUGAGUCCUUUUUGUCACUGCAAAAGAUAACUCCCACAAUUGCAUAAUGCAAAAAGCAUCAUUGAUUAGAAAUGUUCAUAAUGCUGACCAAUUUAGUUUAGAAUUCAGAAGACAAU